AUGACACAUGCAACUCGGCAAAAACAAAAGGAGGAGAAACAGGUCGGACGAUGCGCGACAAGGAGGUUGUCCUUUCAGACCGAUCGGGAGCGUGGUGGCGGAUCUAAAGCUACUAAUGCGUCCGCCGCGACUGGCAUUCAACAGAAAAAAGUGGCGGGAAAAAAGGCCGCGCAAGGACAAGAGAAGUCUGGGAAGAAGGCGGAAGACAAGGGGAAGCAACCAACGCCACGCAAGCGUGUUUCUACCGUGAAAAAAGAUGCGGAUGUUGCCUUUGGUGGAACCGAGCCCGGUCCGACUAACGACGGCACCAUCGGCAGCAAAGAAGAUCCGGGGCGAGGGAGCGUGAGUCUUGCAGUCCCGUUGGCGGAGAGAGAGGGCUCAGCGACAGGAGGAAACCAAGGCGACGCUCCCCGCGCCAAGCAAGCCGCAACCCAGGAGUCCGAGGCGGAGGCAUACCAACACGGACUGACGCUGCUCCAGCCGACAGUGGUCGAAAUUUGUGCUGCCGUGGUGGAUAAGGCCAAGGCGGGGGAGCACGAUUGGAUGGAGGAUCUCCAACACAGCAUCGCGGACGUAGGUGGCUCUCCUCCUUCUGGUGGACGUGGGAGGCGUAGGCAGAGGAAGAGCGAUGGGGAGGAAGAGUAUGACACCGCCGUGCCUGGAGACAUCAAUACGCGGUCGAAGAGGCGGCACAAAACAGGCGGUGCUGACGACGCCGGUGGUGCAGAAGUUGGGACAACGCGAGGCGCCAGGGAAGCAAGUGGCAAGGCGACGGGUCAUGCAUUGCGCAAGAAGGGCCGACCCGCAGCGAGGAGAACAUCCGGCGGAAGGAGGGGCAAGAAAGCGGGGGAUGCGGGGGAUGAGGAGGAGGAGGAGGAGGAGGAGGAAGAGGAGGAGGAGGAAGAGGAGGAGGAGGAGGAGGAGGAGGAGGGGGGCGACGAGGAUGAGGAGGAGGCACAGGAGGAGGAGGAGGAGGAGGAGGAGGAGGAGGAGGAGGAGGAGGAGGAGGAGGAGGAGGAGGAGGAGGAGGAGGAGGAGGAGGAGGAGGAGGAGAGGGACGACGAGGAUGAUGAGGAGGAGGAGGAGGAGGAGGAGGAGGAGGAGGAGGAGGAGGAGGAGGAGGAAGAGGAGGAGGAGGAGGAGGAGGAGGAGGAGGAGGAGGAGGAGGAGGAGGAGGAGGAGGAGGAUGUGGCGGCAGCAUUGGGCCACCGGUAA